UACCGCGAUUUGAUGGCCAAUGCAUUGGUUGAUAACAGCAGCCGCUGUCAGACGGAACAAUAAUCUCGUAUAAAAUAUAUAUAGGUCACUAUCAAGUCUCAUUCGGUGAUCGUUGUGCAGUUGAACAGGGUUUACUUUUCUGUAUUUUCUGUGGUGCAAAAUGAGGUCAUUUACAGUUUUUGGAGUGAUAAUAUUGAUGGUUUCCGUGAAUGCUUCUCCAUUCGUUAAUCUUAAACUUGGUAGUGGGAAUGGACUUGGAUCUGGACUAUUGUUGAACAAAGUGAAGGAAAUUGGUGAAAAGGUGUACGAAUCGAAACGGGAGUUUAUAAAUGGAGUCAACGAGAAGAUAUCCAAUAUACUGUGGAUUCCACCGCUGCCUUCUGCUACGACGGAGAUCCCAACAACAGAAAAACAGAGCGAGUGGAUUGUUGCGGAACGAAAUGAUAAGCUAGUCUUCCCAUCUAAUGACGAAAUGGAUGACUACGAGACACCAAAUCUUGCAAUCUACGCUCGGAGCAGUUUCCUGUCACCCGAUGACCUGGUCGAUCCUAAGGAUAGACCAAAUGUUGCAGUUAGUGUUAAUAAUAACUUUCAUUUGUUCGGGAUAUCCGGGUGAACAAGAAAUACAAAUAUAAUUCAAGCAAUUAACUUUA